AUGCUCUAUCCAACCCUUUUCCAUCCAAUGCUCAUGGGUUUUCUCGGUCGUUCCUCAACCCCAUCUCCGUCAAUAAACCAGCAACGUCCACCAAUUCAUCCAGCAAUGGGUGGUGGAGGAGGAGGAGGACAACGCCAUCCGGGUGGCCACCCAUCUCGUCCUGAUGUUCAUCCAGCAAUGAGAAUGGCUCAAGCACAAGCAGAAGGACAAUCAGGUGGAUCAAAAGGAAUGUUUACUUGGAUGUUGCCUAUUUAUACAAUUGGAGUUGUUCUUUUCUUGUUAUAUACUCUCUUCAAAUCAAAGGGAAAGAAAACAAAAAGAAAGAGGAGAAAUAACUAUUUCGAUUCUGAAGAAGAUGAGGAUGAUGAUGAAUCUGAAACAGAGACAAAGUACGGUGGAAAGUUUGGAAAGAAGAAGUUGAAGGGACUACAAGAAAGAUUGAGACAGACGGAAGAUGCUAUGUCGAAGAUUUUGGAACAGUUGGAGUCGGUUCAAGCAGGUGCGAAUCCUGUUGACUUGGAUGCAGCUGAUAAGUUGGCUGAUCAACUAGAAGACGACAAAUCAGCAAAAGAAGCAGUCGGUCUCAACGAAACCAACGAGCAAUAUAUCAAGGAUUUGGAAGUUGCUCUGAAAGAGUUCCAGUCACUUUCGAAAGCUUAUGAUAAGGAGAAAAUGAAAAAGUUGAAGAAAAGAGGAGACACGUCGUCUGAGGAAGAAGAAGAAGACAUAGAAGAGGAGGAGGAGGAGGAAGAAGAAGAAGAAGAAUCUGAAUUAUCAGAAAUUGAAGAAGAGGAAGAAGAUGUGAAACCAGCGAAGAAAAGAGCUGUGGACAAUAAGAAGAAGAAGAGCAAGAAAAUUCGACAAAAAAGUACAUCGGAAGAGGAAGAAGAAGAAGAAGAGAAAAGAGAAGAAGUAGAAGAAGAGGCUGAAGAAGAAGAAGGAAUUGAUAUUGAUUCGGAGAUUCAAGCGCAAGCGGAACGAGAUAAAAAGAAUAAAAAUGUUCGAAGAAGGAAGCCAAAAAAGAUUUGA